GCACCAAGUGAAAUUGCAAAGGAUCUGCCAGGCAGUGGGCCAGAGGAGGACCGCCAUGAUGCUCGGCCUCCUGCCCUCCUGGGACCUGGCAGUCAAGUGAAUUCAACUACUCUUACUUUACAAAUUGUUCGAGAACAAGGGUUUGUUGGAGAGAUUGCAGUUCAGCUGAGCACAGCACCUAACUUUGAACUCCCCCUCUCCAACCAAGCAACAGAGAAUGAGGAUUAUAUACUGGAAAAGAAGACAAUUGUUAUGGCAGAGAACACAACAAUAACUUCUGUCGUAGUCACUAUUUUGCCUGACAAUGUUCCAGAAUUACAGGAAGGAUUUAUAAUCAAUAUUACUGAUGUGCAGCUGGUCGAUUCUGCCACUGGAGGUCAGCCAAGCGUGAAGAGGCUUGGAUUAGAAAUAGCUGAAAUAACAAUUGAAGAAAAUGAUGAUGCCAGAGGAGUAUUCAGUUUCAAUGUUACAAAGGAUAUAACUGGUGCUGUUGCUGGUUAUGAGGUACCACCACCUCAAAACACACUGAAACUUCCAGUUGUUCGACAGGCUGGGAGGUUUGGGUCAGCAGCUCUGUAUUGGGAAGCCAUUCUUUCAACUGCUAGCUUUGAAGACUUCACACCAUCAUUUGGAAACCUUACGUUUGCAGAUGGGCAGGCUACAGGAGAAAUAGAAAUUACAAUCAUAGAUGACAGUGAAGUUGAAUUCCUUGAGAUAUUCCAGAUUGCCCUGGUGAGGGUAACAGGUGGUGCAAGACUUGGGGAUGACACCCUGGUAACUGUCGCUAUUCCACCAAAUGAUUCCCCUGUUGGAGUAUUUGGGUUUGAAGAAAAGAAUGUAACAGUGAAGGAACCUCAGACAUCUGAUGACUCUGCUGCAGUUGUAUUGCUCACUGUAAGUCGAAGUCAAGGAGGACGAGGAGCAGUCAAAGUCUUAUGGAUUCUUGAGGAAGCAGCCAGAUAUGAUCUGACCCCUCUGAAUGGUACCCUUCACUUCAACGAGACUGAAUCCCAGAAGUUGAUUGUGUUACAUGCAGUACAAGAUGGUCUGCUGGAGGGGAAUGAAGCAUUUACCAUUCAACUAGUCUCUACUGGUGAUACAGAGAUAUCCCCUGUAAAUGGUGUGGCAACCAUCAUUAUUCUGGGUGAUGAAGGAGCUUCUGGGGUGGUUGGGAUAGCCCAUUCAUCCAAGCAUGUUCUGAUUGGAGAACCUUCAGGAAAUUAUAACGGAACUGCUCUUAUUAGCCUGAUACGUGGCCCAGGGAUUUUUGGUGAGAUCAUAAUAUAUUGGAAUAUAACACCUCCUCAUCAUACAGAAUUUAUUGAGACAUCAGGGACCGUGACAAUGCGAGAUGGGCAGUCUGCAGCAGUUGUUCUAAUUCAGGCUGUAGAUGACGACCAUCCUGAGGAGAAGCAUUACUACCAGUUUCAACUAACUGGAAUCAGUGAUGGAGGACUCAUAAAUGAAUCUAGCAGCACAGCAAAUAUUACCAUGGCUGCCAGUGAUUUUCCGGGAUCCUAUGGCAAAGUCCAUCUUUGCUUUCAAAUAAUAAAUGGGACUGCAGAGGAGGGAAUUGAUUUCACUCCCUCAGUAAGGGAGUUAUUGUUUGAACCACAUGAGGAAAGUAAAAUGAUUUUGGUUGAAAUUCAUGAUGAUGACUUUCCUGAAGGUCCUGAAGACUUUUCAGUGAUGAUUACCAAAGUGGAACUCCAAGGAAGUGGAUUUGAUUUUACCAUAAAAGAAAAUGGUCUACAGAUGGAUCAACCUCCAGUAAUAGGAAAUAUCUCCACAGUACGAGUCACUAUAGCAAAAAGUGAUAAUGCAGAAGGCAUCAUAGAAUUUGAUCCACAGUAUAGCCUUCUACAGGUGGAAGAGGAUGCUGGAUUAAUCAUGAUUCCUGUUGUGAGAAAGCACGGAACUUAUGGCUAUGUAACAGCUGAUUUUCUUUCUCGAAGUAUUUCUGCACUUCCCAAUGGUGUUGACUAUGUCAUCCAUAAUAAUUCUGUCAUUUUUUAUCAUGGCCAGAACCAGACUUUUAUUUAUAUCACCAUUAUAGAUGAUGAAGAAAGUGAAUUCGCGGAGCAGUUUGAAAUCCAGCUGACAGGAGCCACUGGUGGAGCAAUCCUUGGGCUCCACCUAGUGAGCCAGGUCACUAUUGCUAAAAGUGACUCCCCCCAGGGCAUCGUCCGAUUUCUCAACCAAAGUCGAAUUAUACUUCCCAAUCCUGAUAGACCCACAGCAGUAUCCCUGGUGCUGGAAAGGACUGGAAGAUUGUUGGGGGAGACUCAGAUUAAUUGGGACAUCUUGGGACCCAAUUCAGAAGAGGUUUUAUCUCCUUUGAAUAGUGACAUUGGUGACCCUGUAAAUGGAUCAUUCUAUUUUGGAGAAGGAGAAGGAGGUCUGAGAGCUAUUAAUCUACAAAUCUAUCCUCAUGAAGAAGUUGAGGUUCAGGAGAUCUUCAUCAUUAGACUGAGUCUCAUGAAAGGUGAAACAGAAAUAGAUCCUAAGGCAAACAACAUUACACUAGUAAUACAGAAGUUUGGUGAUCCCAAUGGGAUUGUACAGUUUGCUCCUGAAUCAUUAGCUGAGAAUAACUAUACAGAACCCUCAGCAGCAGAAGGACCACGAAGUAUUACACUGUUUGUCAGACGAAUUCAAGGCACGAUGGGAAACGUAACGGUUUACUGGGAAAUACGCAGUGAAUCUGACAUCACAGGUGACUUUCUUAGGACAGAGGGAUCUGUUGUCAUUGCUGACCAGCAGAGUACAGCUGAGAUAAUUAUCUACCUGUUACCUGAUGACGUUCCAGAACUGGAUGAGAACUAUGUGGUGCAGCUGGUUUCAGUAGAAGGUGGAGCAGAUUUAGACCAAGAGAAAAGAAUUUCAAAGAUCAAUGUAUUUGCAAAUGAUGAUCCCCAUGGAGUGUUUGCCCUGUACUCUGAUCAACAGUCAAUAUUAGUAGAGAGAAACCUGGAUCGGUAUGUUCAGAUUAAUGUAACUCGGCAUGCUGGGGCAUUUGGAGAAGUGAUUGUUGAGUACCACAUCUUGUCUUAUCAUGAAGAAGCACUAAUUGCACCUGAGAAUGAGGUGGGAUACCUCACAGUAAAAGAUGGUGCCAGCUUUGGAGUGAAAAGAGUGCCAAUACGCAGCCAGGCAUUUCUUUUACUGGGCUUGAAUUUUACGCUGGAACUGAUUAAUGUAAGCCUGGUUAGGGGAAGUGCCAAGGAUGUGCCUAAAAUAUUAGGAAAAGCAAAGUCAGCUGUUCUGCUUAUUCCUGAGGAAGCUGCCAAUUCACAGGUCGGCUUUGAAUGUGUGAUUUUACAACUUACAGACAUUGUAGCAGGGACCGGCCAGGCUGUCAUAACCAGAAAAGGAGUUUAUGGCUCUGUAAUAGUCAGCUGGAUUUCAGGAUACCCACCAGACCUAAUCGCUGACUUUGCUCAGCCAGGCAAUAUUACUCCUCCAUUUGGUACUGUUGUAUUUUCUUCUGGUGAGCAAAGUAAAGUAAUUGCAUUUCAGGCUACUCCAAGCCUAAAUAAACAUGAGUCAUUUGCCAUCACUUUAAUGGCAGUGCACAGCAAUGUGUCUGGUGGGGCUCGCCUGAGAUCAGGAUUUACGAUAGCUGAAAUUGAGCCAAUGGGGAUCUUCCAGUUUGCUCUUAAUUCAAGGUCUGUUUCAGUUGAAGAAGAUGUUCAAGCAGUCACACUACAUGUCCAAAGAUUGUUUGGUUUUCAAAGUAAUCUCACUAAAUUGACGUAUCAAACCAUUCCAGGAAGUGCCAAACCACUAGAGGACUUUAUACCCAUCUACAACGGAGAGCUUAUGUUUUUACCUUUUCAGACAAAUGCUGUGAUAGAAGUAUCAAUAAUUGAUGACACUGUGUCAGAAAUGGAGGAAUUUUUUUUUGUAAAUUUGACUGCUGUGGAAAUUUUGGAUGUUCAACCUCUGGAUGCUACCUGGAGUCCACGUUUGAAUCCAGCUUUCAGCAUUGCAACAAUUAAUGUCCUGGCUAAUGAUAUUCUUCAUGGAAUACUAAGUUUGGGGCCAGAGUUUAUAUAUGUAGAAGAAGAUGCAAACAACAGUACCCCCAACACAGUGACACUUCAUAUCAGAAGGACCAAGGGUUUUACUGGUGAUAUUGAAGUAACCAUUAAAACCUUUGGGGGAGUGAGUGCACAGAGUGGAGUAGAUUCAUAUCCUUUUGGAAAUGUUUAUGGAAAAUCAAACUUCACAUGGGCAAUGGAAGGGGAAGAUUUUGAGGAACAGUCAGUCUCUCUGACUUUGCUGGAUGGAGAAAGAGAAAGCAAGGUGUCCAUAAAAAUUUUUGAUGAUGAUGAGCCUGAAGGACAGGAAUUGUUUUAUGUUUUCCUCUCAAAUCCUGAAUGUGGAGCUCAGAUUGUGGAAGGAAAAGAUGAAUAUGGAUUUGCUGCUUUUGCAACAGUAAUUAUUGCAGGAAGUGAUCUCCAGAAUGGCAUUUUGGGAUUCAUUCCAGAAGUACAGAGCGGUCUUGUACUUGAUGAAGACUCAGAAAACAGAGAGGUGCUGCUGAUUGUCACAAGGCAACCAGACAGGGCUUUUGAAGAUGUGAAUAUCUUUUGGCGUGUGACCUUUAAUAAAACAGCUGUUGUCCUUCUGAAAGAUGGCAUGAACUUGGAGAAUGAACUUGUAUCUGUUCUGGGAGCCACGACCUGCAUGGCAGGUCAAACAAUGUGCAACAUCUCCAUUGAAAUAAAACCUGAUAAUGUGCCUGAAUUUGAAACAUAUUUUUUUGUUGAGCUGUAUGCUGUAAGCACAGGAGCUGCAUUGAACAGCAGUGCUAGAUUUGCUUUUGUAACAGUCCUUGAAAGUGAUGCUCCUCGUGGUUUAGUAUAUUUUGCUGUGGGAUCUCGUUUUGCUGUGGCUCAUAAGAAGACAACUUUAAUCAGUCUGCAAGUGCUCAGAGAUUCUAGUACAUCAGUAAUGACAAUGAUUAGCUACAGCACACAGGAGCUUCAAAAACCUGAACCUAUCGGUCGGACCUUCAUAUCUCCAGCUGUGGCAGGACAAGAUUUUGCCAGAUCUGAAGGUUUCUUGACUUUUGAACAUGGACAGAGAAAUACGUUUCUGGAUGUGACCCUGACUCCAAAGACAGGAUCUUUAAACCCAUUUCCUAAAGGUUUCCAGGUUGUACUUUCUAAUCCCACAGGCGGUGCCAGAGUAGAUGACGGGUAUGGUAUUGCUAACGUCACCAUUGUCUCAGACUUGGACUCCUUGCCAGUUUGGGGGCUGAUUGAUCAACUGCAUCAGCCUCUUGAUGACACCAUCUUACACAGAGUCCUCCAGAAUCUGAAUGUCAAAGUGGCUACAGAAACUACAGAAGAGCAGCUUACUGCUGUGUUGCAUAUAAUAGAUAAGGUUACAGAUGUAGGUGAAAAACAGUUACUCACUGAUAAAAGUAGAAGUCUUUUCUAUGAGAUACUCUGUGCUCUGGCUAGCCCGAAACGUGAGGACACGCGAGGAUAUAGCCUGCUUGCUGAGGUCACUGAGAAGUUUGCUUUUUCCCUCUUGACUGGGAUAAUGUGUGGAUCACCGGGAGAAAGAGGUAAAAAUAUCCUUGACAGCUGCCCGUACAUUGCAAUAAUGGCUCACAACUGGUUUCCUCAGCAAAUCAAUGGACACAGAUUUGAUGGAAAAGAUGGAGAUUCUAUUCAAGUACCUGAACAUUUACUAGAGGUGUCUGUUGUGUUACCUCCUCCUCAAGAAGAGAGCUGUGAAUCUGUACAGUUCACAGAGUAUAGCAGUCAGCAGUGGUUCCUUACUGGAGAUAAAGAACUUGCCCUGAAGAACAAGGUGUUUUCUAUGAGUUUGAAGGGUCAGAGUUCACGCCCUUUGAAAGAUAACAAUGAAGUCAUUUAUCGGAUUUAUGCUACAGGAAGUCGGAUUGUUCCACAACAGUCUCUAUGUCUCCUCUGGAAUCAAGCUGCUGAAAGCUGGCUGUCUGAUAGCGGGUUCUGCAAGGUGGUUGAUGACACGUCAGACUAUGUGGAAUGCUCUUGUUCUCAUAUGUCCAUUUAUGCAGUUUAUGCCCAAACAGAUAACUUGUCUUCAUACAAUGAAGCUUUUUUCUCUUCUGGAUUCAUCUGCAUUUCAGGUUUUACUUUGGCUAUUAUCUCCCACCUUUUCUGCACCAGGUGUGCAAUGUUUGCAGCUAAACUCCUCACUCACAUGAUGGUUGCUUGUUUGGGUACUCAG